AUGCAGUCGAACGACAGCAGCGGCGACCAUGGCGCUUUUGCACCCGCUCCUCGCGAGCGUCUAGUUGACCCGACAGCUCCGCCAAUCUACGGCAACUUUCAACGCUACUACCACAUUCGCAACCCUAUCAACGCAACUGCAGCUGGCGAUGCGUCGCACGAUCAAGAAGCAUCCUCUCAUCCAGCUCUGGCCGUAGACAGUCGUGUCACUGCCAUUUUGCGAUACCUUCGCCAGCACUUUGCUUGCUCCGCAUCCAGCGACACCACGGCCGGCCUAUGGCCUCCCUCCAGCAUUAAGGUGCUCGAUAUCGGUUGCAAUUCUGGAAAAGUUACCAUCGAGCUUAUGCAGACCUUGCCUAGGUUGUUCAAGCAUGGUGGACAGCCUGUGACACAAACGCAGCUUUGCAUCCUAGGCGUCGAUAUCGAUGCAUCGCUCAUCAGUCAAGCGAGACAGGCGGCUGGCGUUGCUCGGUCUCGGUAUCAACCAGAGCACCUCGAAGGGUCAGACACCGAGUUAGAGGAUGACUCGCUACCUUACGAGGCCGUCUACUUUCCGUCGGUGUUUCCCUCGCUCUACGGCUUGACUGCACCUGAGGGGGAAGGGCCGCGCCAUGGCAAGCGGCGCAGGACAGAAGACGCCAUCGACAACAACACGCCGGUGAGCAUGCACCCUCGCCCUCCAGCUGCGCAUCUUUCCCCGCCUUACCUCCAUUUCGUCGCCGCCGACUGGGUCCAACCCUCGUCCAACACUGACUCCAUGCUCAACUCCUCAGAUUCGCAUGGCUACGACAUGAUCCUCGCGCUCUCCAUCACCAAAUGGAUCCACAUUCAGCAGGGCGAUGCCGGCCUGGUCCGCUUCUUUGCGCGCAUCUCGCACACCCUCCAUCCCGGCGGCCUGCUCUUCCUCGAACGCCAGGAAUGGUCGAGCUACCACUCGGCCAAGAACCUUGAUCCCAGCAUCAGAGGAAAGAUCAAACGGUUGCAGUUGCGUCCUGGAGGGGACUUUGACUGGUGGCUCGAGACGUUUGGUUUGAGGCUGGUGGCUGAGAUCGGACUCGGUGUGGGAGUUGGGUUUGAGAGGCCGCUGCAGGUGUUCCGGAAGGAGUUGAAGGCGAGCGAGGCGGAACGCUUGGCCGAGAGGACGGCUCUAGAAGGGAUGCCGCCUGUUCCGUGGACUGCUCGUUCUUCUACCGCAGCCACCAGCCGAGCUGCAACGGCUCCUGGCAGAGAAUGA